UCUACUUCCUGUACUAGACGUCGGGGAGGAGCUACAAUAAUAAAAUACGUGAUGCAAAAGUGAAAAGGCUACUGAAAGAGGGAAAACAGCAUUUGUGUGGGUUACACCUGCAGUUUGAAUCCCAAUGAGAGCGCAGAUGAGCUCACCUUGUUAAGAGUGACCUGACCUCCGCCUCUCCAGCCGGCACCCUGCUGUGACAGGCCCAGGCCCCAGACAGAGUGAACAACUGAGCCCUCAUGUAUCAUGGCUGCCAACCAACAUAGAGUCAGAGCUCAGGGCAAUGCAACAGAGGGGAAAAUGACUGAGCCCAGGACUACUGAGAAAAAAUGCUCAUGGGCCUCCUACAUGACCAACUCACCAACUGUGAUUGUGAUGAUUGGCCUACCUGCCAGGGGGAAGACCUACAUGUCCAAGAAGCUGACUCGCUACCUCAACUGGAUAGGAGUGCCAACCCGGGUGUUCAAUCUCGGAGUCUACAGGAGAGAAGCCGUGAAGUCAUACAAGUCCUAUGACUUCUUUAGACAUGACAAUGAGGAGGCCAUGACGAUCAGAAAACAGUGUGCUCUUGUGGCACUGCAGGAUGUCAAGGCCUAUCUGAAUGAAGAAGGAGGCCAGAUUGCUGUUUUUGAUGCCACCAACACCACCAGAGAAAGGAGGAAACUGAUUCUCAGAGUAGCUAAAGACAAUGCUUACAAGGUGUUCUUUGUAGAAUCUGUAUGUGACGAUCCCGAUGUCAUAGCUGAAAAUAUUCUGGAUGUGAAGGUGUCCAGUCCAGACUACCCAAAGAGAGACAGAGAGAGUGUGAUGGAAGAUUUCCUGAAAAGGAUAGAAUGUUACAAAGUUACUUACCAGACGUUAGACCCUGAUAAUUAUGAUAAGGACCUGUCCUUCAUACAGGUCAUCAACGUGGGACGCCGUUUCCUGGUCAACCGGGUGCAGGACUACAUCCAGAGCAAGAUCGUUUACUACCUCAUGAACAUCCACGUGCACUCCCACUCCAUCUACCUGUGUCGCCACGGCGAGAGUGACUACAAUUUGGAGGGGCGUAUCGGGGGUGAUUCUGAGCUUUCAGCCAGAGGGAAACAGUUUUCUGCAGCUCUGAAGGACUUUGUUGAAGAACACGGUCUGUCUGAUCUGAAGGUGUGGACCAGCCAGCUGAGAAGGACCAUCCAGACUGCCGAGGAGCUGGGCAUUGCCUACGAGCAGUGGAAGAUCCUCAAUGAGAUAGAUGCUGGUGUAUGUGAGGAGAUGAGCUAUGACAUGAUAAAGCAAACCUACCCUGAAGAGUUUGCUAUGAGGGACCAGGACAAAUACCAUUACCGCUACCCAGGAGGAGAGUCCUACCAGGACCUGGUACAGCGACUAGAGCCUGUCAUUAUGGAGCUGGAGCGUCAAGGCAACGUGCUGGUCAUCUGUCAUCAGGCUGUUAUGCGCUGUCUUCUGGCUUACUUCCUGGACAAAAAUGCAGAUGACCUACCCUACAUGAAGUGCCCCCUUCACACAGUCAUAAAGCUCACCCCAGUGGCUUAUGGCUGCAAGGUAGACAUGUUUGAUCUGGGGGUGGAGGCUGUUAACACACACAGAGAGAGACCACUAGACAAAGUCCCUACAGAUGUCCGCCUGCCCGCCUUUCUCAGAUGGAACAGUUUCACCCCCCUCUCCAGCCACGACCAGGUCAAGCGCCCACGCCUUUACAGCGCUGGCAACCCCUCCCAGCAACAGGAGGCCCUGGCUCCCUCUCUGUGCAGCAUGCCGUUUCCAGAGGCAUCCGAGGGGGCAGAGAUGCUGCAGAGCCAAGAGUCUGUUAACUACUUUUGCCCCGGAGACACAGGUGAUAGUGUUGACAGUUAAAGAAGUGAGUGUACAAAUGGACCUGUCAUCUACAAGGUUCAGCUUCCUAUCUAAUACCAGUUGGAUUGCUUUGAUUCUCCCUCCUCUCCAAAGGAAGUUGUCAAGUGUCUGAGGCCCUUGUCAACAAAUUCCUGCAAUUCUAUUUACAGUAGAUUGUCAAGUGUAAUGGAAAAAGCAAGUCACUGCCUCUGAUGCAGAUGUCUGAUUAUGGCCAUGUAGUGGCCAGCGUUUCUUUUGUCAUAUUGUGUCAAAGCCUGUGCAUCUGUGUGUAUUACACCAACAUAUCUAGCACAAAAGUCAAUGUUAAAUUCACUGUACACCGAAAUACAGUAUAUGUCAAAUCUGAAAGUGUCAAACUUUUAAAUGUGUUGUGAAUGUUGCAUUGAAAUAGUUGAUUUGACAACAAAGGUUAGGUUUUGCUAUAGGAGAAAAAUAUCAACACUUGGUUUCAAUCCAUAUGGCCUCAUUUGCUUCUGAUGUACAGAAGCAUAGUUUCACUGAGUCAUUCAGACCCUAAAGUGCUGGUAAACAUUUCUGGAUUUCUGCAAUGUGGCCUAGGCCAUAAUAAGAGGUUACCUCAGGCUGAACUAUUUCUACAGAUGUCAGUUUUACUAGUUAUCUUACAGUCCAAUACAUCUUACAGUCUUUGGCCUUAUUGCUUAAUUAAUUCCCACCGUAUAGAGUCUUAUAUUGGAAGCCACAUGACAUCUUAGAUUAGGUUCCAAUCGUAAUUCAUUCUCAGGUGUAUCUGAACUACAGAUGUAGAGUAGUUUCUCUACCAUUACAUCACAACUUUUGGCACUUGGGACAUCCUCACUGCAUUCCGUUUCUCCUCAGUCAUGGGCUUCAAUGCUGUGUACUCUGAAUCCAUUGGAUUCCAUCCGCACUGCUUCAUGUUAUUUUUUUGACUGGACAGUAUGAGUGCAACACUGUAUUUUUGAAUGCAGCUCAACUGGCAACAUAGGGUAGGAAUAAAGUAUACAACAGAGUGGCCCCUGUAUGUAUAAAAUUGAUAUGGGUGGCUGCUAUUUCUUAUUCUGAUAUUUUUAUAUUUCAACAUUGAAAGAUAAUGUUCAAUGUUUGAAUGCAUAUUUAUUGGCAAAUUUAUUGGCAUUUUUGUUUUUUUAUCUAUCAACAAUGUAUGCUAUUUGUAUGGUUGUAAUUACUUAUAACAUACAGGUCAGUUUUCUUUCAGAAAGUGCUAUGGUCUGACUGCUCAUUCUACUCGUCAUAUGAUACUGUAUUUGGCUUUGAUGUUUUUUAUUUUAUUUUUAUUAUUGAGAACCACAAGGAAAAUAUGUAACAUCACAUCUGUUUGACAGAGUCUUUGUUAUGAUAUUUUAAAAUCACAAGACUAUUAUUUACUGUAUAUGCUACACUUAAUAAAUAACAUUCAAUUUUG